UAGUGAUGUUACUUUCCUUCAGAGGCAACAGACAAGUCACCCCACAACAGCAGCAGCAACAACAGCAGUAGCAGCAAUAGUAGCAACAACAGCAGCAGCAACAACAGCAGCAACAACAACAGCAGCAUCAGCAACAACAGCAGCAACAGCAAUAAACAGUGAGCCAUGACAGGCGAUGCAAGAGUUGCUGUGUGUGGGAAGGUAAUGCAGAACACAGUGUCAAGAGAGACGCCCGCCCAUGCCGCCCACACCCCCGCCCAUGCCACCCACGCGCAUACCGCCCACACGGGACCCACCACUGCUAAGUUCUGGUCCUGUAUAAGUCUCGGCCCGGAGACCAUUAGCCGUGAUGCAUUGUUACGCAAAAGGCCAUCCAGGGAUAGUUUAGCAAUGGCUCGGGGAGAACCCGGGAAAGAAAUGGGUGUGGAGCAGACUACUGAGGUCUGCAGACCGUCGCCAGCAGUGUCUGCAGCUACUAGGCCCAACAGAAUCACAAGAAGGGGUACUGGCAAUAGUUGUAGUGGUGGUAGUGGAGCAAUCAGUCCCAUACAACACUUCCCAUCCUCCAGACACGCAACCAACAGCAACAGCAGCACCAGAGGAAACAACAACAUCAGCAGUACUACCAGCUCGCGUACUUCCCUGUGGGAGCAGCUGUGUAGUUCUCCAACCCAGACGCAAGUGUAUCUGGUCCUGGCCGUCACCUCCGUGCUGGUGUACGUCAACGGCGUGACGGGAGACUACGUGCAUGACGACCUCAGCGCCGUACUCAAGAACCCAGACGUGCAGGGCACGAGGCCACUGUGGCACCUAUUCUUGAACGACUUCUGGGGCAAGCCCAUGUCUGAUCCGGCCUCUCACAAGUCUUACAGACCUCUCACCAUCCUUACCUUCAGAUACAAUUCAUCUUCUCUUGUUCGUUCAGCAGCGUCGCCAAGCGCUCUUUACCUCUCUAAUGCUUUAGAAUCAGAUCAAUCCUGCAUACCCAUUAUUAUAUCUAUGACUCCUACGGGAAUCAUACUGACCCCCGUAGGAGUCAGAUUGUUAUUUUGCGAGGACAAUAAAUACACUACCACGUACCCAGGACCUAAACCACUUUUGCCAGGACCUAAACCACGUUUGCCAGGACCUAAACCACGUUUGCCAGGACCUAAAUCACGUUUGCCAGGACCUAAACCACGUUUGCCAGGAUCUAUACCACGAUUGCCAGGACCUAAACUACGUUUGCCAGGACCUAAAUCACGUUUGCCAGGACCUAAACCACGUUUGCCAGGAUCUAUACCACGAUUGCCAGGACCUAAACUACGUUUGCCAGGACCUAAAUCACGUUUGCCAGGACCUAUACCACGUUUACCAGGACCUAAACCACGUUUGCCAGGACCUAAACCACGUUUGCCAGGACCUAUUCCACGUUUGUCAGGACCUAAACCACGUUUACCAGGACCUAAACCACGUUUGCAAGAACCUAAACCACGUUUGCCAGGACCUAAACCACGUUUUCCAGGACCUAAACCACGUUUUCCAGGACCUAAACCACGUUUUCCAGGACCUAACCCACGUUUGAAAGGACCUAAUCUACGUUUAAAUAUAAUAAAGAGGUCAAAAUACAAACGACCUUCCGAACUGCAACAGCAGCUUACCUCCAGGACUCAAGUCCGGCUUAUUGAAUGUCACCUUGCUCGCACUCCAACAGCACGUCAAAUCAUAAGAAAAACCUUCGCCUCCACUCACCCCCAGGUGACAGGUGUGGUAGGCAGAGCUGAUCUACUGGGUGCUGCUGCCUUCCUUGCUGCCUUCAGCGCUUAUCACAGGUCUUUACGAGCUGCCUCCUACUUCACUACUACUACCACUACUACCACCACUACUACCACCACUACUACCACCACCCGAAGCACGGAGCGAGUGUGGUUGUGGUGGGCGGGGUUGUGGGCGUGCGUGGGCGUGCUGUGUAAGGAACAUGCCCUCACUGUGCUUGGCGUGUGUGUGGUCUGGGACCUGACUCUCAGUGCCCACCUUCUGAAGAGAUUCUUCCUGGGGAAGGUGGACGUGAGAGUCAUCAUCCCACUGACGCAGAGGAUAGGCAAGAUCAUCUGUCUGAGUGUGUUAGCAAUGAUGCUGAGGCUGGUGCUGAUGGUGUCUUCACCUGUCUUCUCUGACCAAGAUAAUCCCGCAUCCUUCACCAGAAGCGCUCUCACUAGGUUCUUGACGUUCUGUUAUCUUCCGGCACACAACGUUUGGCUGUUGUUAUGUCCCGUUACUCUGUCGUAUGACUGGCAGAUGGAGUCGAUACCCCUGGUGUCAACACUGCUGGAUGGCAGGAACAUGGCUUCCAUAUCUCUCUACACGAGUCUCCUGUUGUUGAUGGUGUCAGCUCUCAGACAGAGGAGGAGAGAGAGGCUAGUGGUAGUCUGGUCACUGCUGGUGCUGUGUCUGCCAUUCCUGCCAGCUACUAACGUCUUCUUUAGAGUGGGAUUUGUUGUGGCAGAGCGACUUCUGUACAUCCCCAGCUUCGGUUGGUGCGCGCUAGUGGGCGUGGGUGCGGCGAGGGUGGCGCGGGUGGUGCCAGGUCGUGGGUGGAGGUACUUGUUCUUGGCACUGCUGUUGGCACUCUGUCUCAAGACUGCUAGAAGGAACCUCGACUGGCACUCCAGGGAGACCUUGUUCACGUCGGGUCUACGCACUCUCCCUCACAACGCUAAGAUGCACUACAACUACGCCAACCUACAGAGAGAUUUACACAACUACGACAGUGCUAUCAUCCACUACAGAGAAGCUAUCAGGUUGUGGUGGUGCUAUCCCAGUGCCCACAACAACCUUGGCACUUUACUACUUCAGCGCCAGCAGGAACAGCAAGCAGAGUGGCACUUCUCCCUGGCACUGCAACAUCAUCCUGGCCACCCACACGCGGCCCUCAACCUGGCCACACUCUGGGGACGUCAGGGGCGCAUCCAUCAAGCUGUCUCUCUCUUGGAAUCGAUCUUUCUCCCCGACGAAGAUGAGGAAGAAGAGGAAGAAGAUGACGAGGAAGAGGACGAGAGUGAAAGGGAGGAAGAACAGGAGGAAGAAGAGGCGAAAGAGGAAGAGGAGGAAGAGGAGGAGGAGGAAGAGGAGGAGGAGGAGGAGGAGGAGGAGGAGGAAGGAGCCACGGCAGGUACAGGUCGUCUCCUGGCUGACCUCUACGUGAGGGAGGGACGGACGCAAGAGGCUGAGAGCAUCUAUCUGGCUCUCAUCUCAGCUCGACCUACUGAUCCCACGGUGAUGGCCGACUAUGCUGCCUUCCUACACAAGCAAGGUCGGACGGAGCGAGCAGCCACCCACUACGAGGCCGCCCUCAACCUGGAUCCCACCCACGCCCGCACUCUGGCUAACUACGCCGCCCUCAUGGACGCCCACCACCACCAUACCCACGCCCACCAUCUCUACUCCAGAGCUCUGGCGUGCAGGUGGGACGCUGACACAGCCACAGCUCUGGCUCGUCUCUGUAUCUUGACAGGGCAGCUGGAACAAGCCACCACCUUGUUACAGCUGGUCACUGCUCGACACCCCGAGCAUCAGAGGGCCCGUGUCCAUCUGGCGCAGGUCAAACUCCAGCAGAAAGAGUACUCAGCCAGCGAGCAGCUGCUGGGGGAGGUGUUGGAGGAAUCUCCAACACACCACGAGGCUCUCUACCACUUCUCCCUCUUGCUCUCCGCGACCAAUCGCUCGGAGGAGGCGCUGAGGGCGGCGCGGGCGGCGGCGUCGGCCUGUACACAACCCAGGGAUCUUUGUGCUCUCCUGCACGCCCAUCAUGCUGACUUACUACACACCCACAGCCGUAUGGACGCUGCUGUACUGAGCUACCAGCAAGCUGUCAGGAUGGAACCGUCUCUGUCUAGAGCUCAUCUCAACCUUGGAGCUAUCUAUCAUACCCAAGUAGUUGAGAUCCUCUCACGAGCGGAUUUACAAACAGCAGACAAGCAUGCUAAAGCAGACAUAGCAAGCAGAAUGCCAAAGCAGAAAGCAAAAAUUCAGUCAGCAGACCAGCAUAUUAAAAUAAACAGAGGACGCAGCAGUCACAAGCAAGCAGAACACGAAGUACUCAGAAGUAUAGAGAACAAGCAGUCGCUUAUUCUGCUUAUGUUCUGCUUAUGUAUCACCACAGACAAGGGAAUGCAGACUGCAGACCACAACAAGAACAUUGACUGCACCACACCAGCACCAGACCAGCAGCGUAGCGCCCGCCCAGCAGGCACCAGCAGCAACCAGCACCGCACCACCCGCAGCAUAGCAGCACCGCACCCCAGCCAGCCCGCGCAGCACCGCACCACACCAACCAAACCAGCAGCACCAGCACCAGCACCGCACCCAGUACAGCGCAGCAGUGCAGCAGUGCACACCAGCCCCGCGCGCACCAGCACCACACCAGACCAGCACCAGCACCGCACCAGCCCAGCACCGCCCACCAGCAGCAGUAGCAGCCAACACCAGCACCCGCAGUGCAGCAGAGCGCACCAGCCAACAGCAGCCCAGCCCGCCCCAGCACCACACCCGCACCAGCAGCAGUACAGCACCGACCACACCCGCAGUAGCGCAGUAGCCACAGCAGCAGCGCAGCACCGCACCAGACCCGCCCCCGCAGCAGUAGCGCACCAGCCCAGCACCAGAGUGCAGCACCGCAGCACCCAGCACCCCGCAACCAAGCACCAAAGCAACAGCAGCAGUAGCGCAAAGCACCAGCACCGCAGUAGCAGCAUAGCAGCACCACACCGCAGCAGCCCAGCAGCAGCACCGCACCAGCCCCCAGCCCAACCAAAUCGCAGUAGCACAGUAGCAGCGCAACGCACCAGCACGCAGCGUAGCACACCAGCCCAGCACCAGCUAGCAGCUAAGCAGCACCGCACCCGACAGCACCGCAGCAGCAGCAGCACCAGCGCCAAACCACACCCGCACCAACUCAGCAGUAGCAGCGUAGCAGCAGCAACAGCACCAGCGCAGCGCAUAGCAGCACAGCACCCGCACCGCCCCGACCCGCACCCCACCCGCCGAGCAGCACCAGCCCCGCCCCGCAGCAGCAAGGAGCACCGCACCCCUCGCACCAACAGCCCGUGCACCCGAGCAGCAGCAACACCCCCACCCCACACACAGCAGCAUAGCGCAACCCCGCACCAGCAGCAGACCGCACCAGACCCCCACCAGUGCAGUAGCAGAACCAGCACCAACACAGCAGAGCAGCCAGGAGCAGCCCCCCAGCGCACAGAGCUGCAGCAACAGAGAGCAGCCCCAGCAGCACCAGCCCACCAGCAAGCUGAGGGAAAACAGCACACAAAACCACAAAUACCAAACCCAGCAGCACCCCCAACCCGCACACCCGCAGCACCCAGCACCCGCCCCCGCACACCGCACCCCCAGCACCAGACAGGUUUCCAGAGCAGUAGCAGCAACCCCAGCCAACCCCGCACCAACCCCAGCAGAGCAGCAGUAAAAACAGCUAGCAGCAGAACCUCCAGCAACAGCAGCACCCCAAACACAGGAAGCAGCACCGCGCCCGCAGCCCCAGCCACCGCCCCACCGCACCAGCAACAGCGUGCCCGAGUAGCAGCAACACGUAGCAGCACAGCAGGGUUGCCCGCCCCCCCAGCACCCCGCCCCGCAAAACCCGAGACCAAGCAAAACACAGCACCCCCAGCUGCCACCAGCAGCAACCCAGCAGCACAGCACCAGCAACACAGUAGCACCAGGCGUGAGACACCAGCAGCAGUAGCAGCAGCAUAG